UCAUCUGUCGGGGUCGUGUGUGUGUGUGUCUCUCAUGUUUCUAUCUGCAGACUGAGGAAACUCUUCACUUUCUCUCUGAUGCAGACACAAAGCUCCAGCUCCGCCAUGUCGCCUCUCUAGACACUUUAAAACUAACACGGUUGACAGCGGAGCGGCGUCAUGGCCAUCGCCCACGUGGCCACAGAGUACGUGUUCAGCGACUUCCUGCUGAAGGAGCCGAACCAGGCCCGGUACCGCAGCGUCCGCACCGAGCUGGCUCUGGAUAAGAUGGUGACCUGCGUGGCCGUGGGACUCCCACUGCUCCUCAUCUCUCUGGCCUUCGCUCAGGAGGUCUCUGUGGGUACUCAGAUCAGCUGUUUCUCUCCCUCUAACUUCUCCUGGAGGCAAGCGUCAUAUGUGGACUCCUACUGCUGGGCAGCGGUACACACACAACCUCUACCUAUGUGGCUGCACAAGUUCUUCCCGUACAUCCUGCUGCUGGUGGCCGUGCUCAUGUACACGCCGGCUCUGUUCUGGAGGUUCUCUGCGGCUCCGCUGCUGCAGUCGGACCUCAGCUUCAUCAUGGAGGAGCUGGACCGCUGCUACAACAGAGCGGUAACGCUGGCUAAACGCAUGGCUACCGCUGGACUGCUGGGAGCAGACAGCUCUUCAGCCAGCGACCCGACUGAAGGCUGCUUCAACUAUCCGCUGGUGGAGAAGUUCCUGAUGACGAAGCGUUGCUCGAGGACGCUGUUGUUCUACUACCUGCUGUGUCGGGGCCUGACUCUCCUCACGCUGCUCUGCGCCUGCGUGUACCUCGGCUACUACCUGCGCCUCGCCUCCGUCACCGACGAGUUCGACUGCAUGCUGCGGGUCGGCCUGCUCCGCUUCGACCCCGGCGUCCCCGAGAAGGUGCAGUGUAAGCUCAUCGCCGUGGGAGUCUUCUCUCUGCUGAGCCUCGUCAACCUGAUCCUCUUCGUGGCUCUGAUCCCGGCGGUGAUCUACGCUAGCCUCCGUCCGCUCUUCUGCCACGGAUACGCCGGCUUCCUGGAAACCUACCAAUCGCUGCCCACCGUGAGCGUCCUGCCAACGCCGAGCGGACACUGGGACGAUCUGUCUCUGUAUCUGCUCUUCCUGGAGGAGAACAUCAGCGAACUCAAGUCCUACAAAUACAUCAAGGUGCUUGAGUUGCUGAGGAGAAGAGGCGAAUGCUCCGGAGACAACUUCGACGCCAUCGGUCUGCUACAGACUCUGUGUCUGGUGAAGAUGGACAACGUGGACGGGACCAAACCUGCGGCGAAACCGGACCGAGGUAAAAAGAGCGGAGGCGACGCUGCCGGCGACCCGGCCGGCGGAAGCCCGGCAGCGGACGACGCCGGAGCGGCUACGAACAGCCGCAACAGCCCCAACUCAUCGACGGACAACUGCAGCAGGGUGGAGACUGAGAUGAAAGAGCUUGCUCCCUUGCUGUCGGUAAACAGCGACGUCAGAAGCAGCAACAAAAGCAGCGAGACGGGGAUUAUCCGGCAGCGACCGAUGUGAUUGGACUCUACCUCACCACACCUGAAACUCGGAUGUUUUCUGGAGCAGCGCUAACUGGAAAAAGAGGAGGAAGUGAGCAUCAGCUGACGUUAAGACUUUAAACACUGGAACAAGAGAGUAAAACUCCUGUUGGAAUCAAAGGAAACAGUUUACGCUACAUUACCAAAUUACCAACAAAGAAGACUCUGUUUUUUGCUCUGUUAAUUAUGGGGUGUGAUGACGUCUAGCUGACUCUGACUAUGUGUAAAUAAGAUUUGUGUGUUUUUGCUUAUAAUCUACACUCAGCGAGCACUUCAUUGGAAACACCUGCACAAUCUAACUUAAUCCAAUACAACAGCUCUGCCUUAAUUUCUACUUUCAAGAAGCUUCUACAUUUUGACAUCGUCUGAAAUGUGAUAAUUCUACUUUAUGUUUAUUAUUAUUGGGAUCAUCGUAAAAGGUGGAGGUGUAUUAUAUUGAAAACUGUUCCUAAUAUUUUCCAACCCAUUUAUAUAUACAAUGCAUAUUAGGGCUGAGUGAUGUGGAUAAAAUCAAAUAUCACAAUAUUUUAGACCAAAUACCUCGACAUUGCGAUAAUAUAUAUAUAUGACUGUUGAUGCUUCCACAAAAUAUUUACACUAUAAAAUAUUUGAUAAAUAAUCAUCAGUAAUGUGGAUAUAAUGACAAAGUGGGUAAAAAGUACAAAACAGAACAGCUAGAACAGUUCAGAAAAUUAUAUAUGUUACUGUAAUGCAGCUUUAAAACCAGGAACUCUGAUGAUGACAUAUCGCGAUAUUACGAUAUCCAAAAUCUAAGACGAUAUCUAGUCUCAUAUCACAAUAUCGAUAUAAUAUCAAUAUAUUGUCCAGCCCUAACACAUAUAUAUGUCUUAGGAACACUUUUCAAUUCAUCACUAUUUAUCACUAUAUGCGUUAGGGCUGGGCGAUAUGGACACAAUCAAAUAUCACAAUAUUUAUAACCACGUUAUCGAUAUUACGAUAAUCUUGUACGGGCGAUUAUUGUUGUGCUUUCACAGAAUAUUUACACAAUGAGAUUUACGAUAAAUAAUCAUCAGUAAAGUGGAUAUAAUGACUAAGUAGGAGCAGCUAGAGGAGUUUUUAUUGUAAUUCAGCCUUUAAAACCAGGAAACGACGAUAUUAUGAUAUCCAUUGCUUAGCCCUUUUAAUUUAGUGGUGGUGGUGUAUUAAGGUGCAUUAUAUUGACUGGGGUUCCUUUUUUGCCCUCCUCAUGUAUUUUAGUGGAGUGGACAAAAUAUUAGGAACACAAUUCAAUAUAAAGCACCUUUAAUACACCACCAUCACCUACUAUGACCUCAGUAAUAAACAUAAAGUAUAUAGUUGUAUUGGACUGAAUGAGAUUGCACAGGUUUAUCUAAUAAAGAGGCCGUUGAGUUUAUGUGUUUAAUUAUAAUAGACAGAAAGUGUCUGUUUGCUCCCUGUUACUUUUUCAUAUCGGAUGGAUUUUUUUUUUUUUUUUUUUUUUUUUGUGGCUACUUACGGUACAAGACGAGUUUAUAAGUGCCUAAACCGGUGGGAUCAAUUUGGUGGUCACAAGAAAAAAAAUCACAUCUGAAAAAUCAUGUGACAGUAUGAAGCUGACAAAAAACAAAAUUUAGUUGUGACAUUUGUGUAUUUGCACCGUCGUCGUGGGAGAAAUGUGUUUCAACGCUGCAAUCGAUUUAGUAAAACACUGGAAACACUAAAAGCUCAAAUAUCCAGUUUCAGCUUCUCAAAUGUGACGAUUUACAGCUUUUCUUCAUCGUAUGUGACGGUAACUA